CGUCACUGCUCUUGAACACAACUUCGAAAGGGAUUCUGGGAAAGACAAGAUGGCGGGACAGUCAAACGGCGCGCGGACGGUCCAAAGAUAUGACAAAAUAACGCGUCGGCGAUAAUAGGAAAAAUGAACCGAGGACGAGGACCCGUGCGGUCUGACUCCAGUGUUGCAAUAUCACCGAGCGAACUCAGACCGAACCGCUUGAGGAGGAAGAGCAGACUUAGCCAGGUUGAGGCGCCAGAGUUGGGUUUGUCCCAGAAUCAGCAGCGAACAGCAGACUUUAAGACACCGACCAGGAUUUUGGGUUCCAAGGCAUCUGCUGAUUUGACAGGAGAAUCUCCGCACAGCGACUCAGACUUUCACCACGACAUCAUCUGGGACGCUGCGUCUCCUUCGCCCAACAGACUCGGAAGAAAAGGAAGGAAACAAGCAACUGCCGCUGUGAACAUUUCAGAAAUUGUUAGCAGGAUUGCACCAAAGCAUGGCCGACCAGAGGUUACAGAGUCGACAUUACAACAAUGGCUUGGAGACAGCUUUGCCAUUCCAUGCACACCGGAUGUUCAGACUCCCAAACCCAGGAAGAAAUCCCCCAGAGUGGAUGACCUGCUGAAACUUGCCAAACAGUUUGACUUCAACAUGUUCUGUCGGGAUGAGGAGGGAGCUGACAUACAUCAUCAAAAAAGUUUGGAGCUUGUGUCAGAGGACAUCAUGAAUUUUGAGAUGACAACCGUUUUGCCAGUAACGUCAAUAAAUUCAAGGUCUCAAGAUGAUGCACGCAACGUUAUCGUGAACGAACCUGCAGAUGAGGACAUAGAUUUUCUGUUUGAUGGACCAACACAACGUCUUAGUGGAAACUUGACACCUGUGCCACUUUCUCAGGAUCCUCUGGUGAAACCUGAUUCAGGUUUAUGUGGGAAAACUCCCUCUGCAGGCAUUAGCAGUAAUGGCAGUGUGGCCAAUGACAAGUUUGAGGACGACUGGGAAAAUGAUGACCUGCUUGAUGACUCUCUGGUGUUUGAGAUGACUCAGAAUCCACAGAAGUUUAUUUCUCCUAAGUACUGCUCAACACAAAAACCUCCUGGUGGCGAUACAGCUCACAGUAAACUGGCUCUUUCUACAGUAAAAAAGACAAAUGUGCAAAGAAGAACAAGCUUCAAACUUGAGUCAAAUCAUCAUACCAGAGAAGGAACAUUUCAAACAGACAGCCAUUUGAAAAUGCUGAAGAAAGACAGUCUGUUGAGUCAGUUUUCAAGCGAUGUAAAUGUCCAAGUCAGCAAGACAUCUAGAUCUAAUUCACAAACACCACAUUUACCUGCAUCAAAUGUUUUAGAUUCCAAAUCAGGCACAAACUCAGCACUUAUGACAACCAAUCCCAGCCUUCAGAAAGCAUGUGACACAGGUUCUGCUCAGUUAGCAACAACAGGUUUAUCUGACUUCCUGGAUGAUGAUUUGGAUGCCAUCUUUGCAUCAGACCUAGCAUGGGACGAUCCAACUGAUGACAACCUGCUAUGUGAAAUGAGCGAGGACGUGGAGAACAACAUCCAGAGGUCAGAAAAUGGGACAGCCAAACAAAGCUUGCCAAACAAGCGAGCACCUCUGCAGCCUGCCAAUUAUCAAUCUUUGCCUAGCAAGGUGACCCCCAAAGGUCCCUCUGUGUCAAGUAGACCAGCACCCACGGUACUCACUGGUACCUCUGUCUACAAGACAACUGCCAAUGCAGGUGUAACGGAUUCUUUUAGAAACACACAAACAAAAACUUUAUUAGGAACAACACAUCUGCAAAAAGGCAGCAGCUUUCUGAUGUCACCUCCUGCAGUGCUGACAACCUUAUCAUCUCAGAAUCCUCACAGAAAACAUUUCAACUUUAAGAAGCCAAACAUCCCAACAGACAAAGUGGCAAGAAAAUGUACAGCAGCUGAGAUUGAGCUGAAGAAACGGCAGGCCAUGGAGAGAAGGCAACAGAAACUUCAGACCCAGGCCCACAACUUCUGAGCUGUCAAAUGCACAGGCUUCAUUUGCACUACAGGCCUCUAAAAUUGUCCACAAAUUAGUUUUGACAAUUACAUUGUAAAGUUGAAAUGAACAACUGAAAUGAAGUUCUUUUCUUCUAUUUUACCUUUAAAAUCAACAUUUUAAUUAUUAAACAAACUAAUCUGUUUAAUUAGCUAUUUUGUCUUUUUUUAAUAAAACUUGAACAAAGCCAAUAUUAAAAGAACAUGAUGAUUAAAGCCUAUAUCACAAACAGAAUUAUCAUUUGCAAACAGUGGUACGGACUAACAAAGUGGAAAACAAAAGAAAAAGUUGAAGGAGGAACAUUCAAGCACCACAGUGACGAGUUCAGCAGAAAAGGGACAAAUAUGAAAAUAAACAUUUAACUCAAAGUAGUAGAUAAUGAUUGUGAGAUUGUGUCUGUUUAUGCUGCUCAUUGCAUUGUUUUUGAUAGAGCUUAAAAGAACAAUAAUCUUACAAAUGAUGUUGAAUGUUUAAAAUUUAUCGAACUAUGGGACUCGUAACAACAUUGUCUUUCAUUAAUUUGUACUUUUUAUUCCAAUAACACCUGAAAUAAACAUACGUUUUUA